AUGAAUAGUAAUAGCAAUCAAGUUAAAAGUGAUUAUAGAAGAAAGAGGCCACGUCCAAAAUCAAGAAAAUUUGCUUGUAGACAAAGCCGGAAAAGAAAACGUAUAGAAGAAAUUCAACUUCAAAACGAAGAAGAAGAAGCAACGGAAGUGAUAUUAGAAGAUCAUGGCAAAGCUGACGACAGAAACGACGAAGCACAUGAACAAGAAAUGGAGAUAUUAGAAGAACUGUACGUAGAAGUUGAAGUAUCAGAAGCUGAAGAACAAAUGGAAGCAGACAAUAAUAACGAUGAAGGAACGAUUCAUCCAAUAUCUCACAACAGUAUAAGCCAAACAAUGAAUGGGUUUCGAGGCAAAACUAAAGGGAGAGGAAGAAGAAUGAAAGAAACGCGUGCCCGCCCAGCACUACAACGCGAUGCCAUCGCGCCAAACGGACCACGAACUCGACUUAGAACUGACCGAGGUGGACCAACCAACGAAGCGGGCACUCUCAACAACCCGCAGCUGCCCGGAGCUCAGCAUCCGGCAGGCAAUGCCAACCAGCUUCAACGACACCAGGAGCCAGGGGCUGUAAACAACCCGCAGCUGCCAAAUGCUCAGCAACUAGAUGACAAUGUCAACCAGAUGCCAAGACAUCAGGAACCGGGGGCUGUUAACAACCCACAGCUGCCAAAUGCUCAGCAACUAGAUGACAAUGUCAACCAGAUGCCGAGACAUCAGGAACCAGGGGCUGUUAACAACCCACAGCUGCCAAAUGCUCAGCAACUAGCUAACAAUGUCAACCAGAUGCCGAGACAUCAGGAACCGGGGGCUGUUAACAACCCACAGCUGCCAAAUGCUCAGCAACUAGCUAACAAUGUCAACCAGAUGCCGAGACAUCAGGAACCGGGGGCUGUUAACAACCCACAGCUGCCAAAUGCUCAGCAACUAGCUAACAAUGUCAACCAGAUGCCGAGACAUCAGGAACCGGGGGCUGUUAACAACCCACAGCUGCCAAAUGCUCAGCAACUAGCUAACAAUGUCAACCAGAUGCCGAGACAUCAGGAACCGGGGGCUGUUAACAACCCACAGCUGCCAAAUGCUCAGCAACUAGCUAACAAUGUCAACCAGAUGCCGAGACAUCAGGAACCGGGGGCUGUAAACAACCCACAGCUGCCAAAUGCUCAGCAACUAGCUAACAAUGUCAACCAGAUGCUGAGACAUCAGGAACCGGGGGCUGUUAACAACCCACAGCUGCCAAAUGCUCAGCAACUAGCUAACAAUGUCAACCAGAUGCCGAGACAUCAGGAACCGGGGGCUGUUAACAACCCACAGCUGCCAAAUGCUCAGCAACUAGCUAACAAUGUCAACCAGAUGCCGAGACAUCAGGAACCGGGGAUUGUAAACAACUCACAGCUGCCAAAUGCUCAGCAACUGAUUGGCAAUGCUAACCAGUUAUCAAGAUCCUUAAUGCUGCCAAAUUUUAGCAUACCACCUCCAAAGAUUGCGCAGCGACCGUCUUCUAUCGAGCCCCAUCUGCCAUCAAAGCGCACAAUGAAAGCCAUUCAAAAGUUCAACCGCAAUUACUCGAAGCUCUUGGAACAGGUUGGAAAAAAUCAGCAGCAAUCCCAAGAGUUGUCAGGAUGGAAUCAACUGCAGCAGCAACGAUUGCAACCACAGAAGCAGCAAUUGCAACUGCAGCAGCAGCAACUGAUGCAGCAGCAAUUGCAACCACAGCAGCAGCAUUUGCAACCACAGCAGCAGCAAUUGCAACCACAGCAGCAGCAAUUGCAACCACAGCAGCAGCAAUCACAACCACAGCAGCAGCAACUGCAACUACAGCAGCAGCAAUUGCAACCACAGCAGCAGCAAUUGCAACCACAGCAGCAGCAAUCACAACCACAGCAGCAGCAACUGCAACUACAGCAGCAGCAAUGGCUAUCACAGCAGCAGCAAUUCUUACUACUGCAGCAGCAAGUGCUACCUCAGCAGCAACAAUUGCUCCUACAGCAGCAGCCAUUGCUACCACACCAGCUGCAAUUGUUACCGCAACAGCAGCCACUUCUUCAACAGCAACCUGGGAUCUUACUUCCUCCUAAUUUAGCCCAUCAGCACAUUUAUCCUCCAUUUAAUUUUCCUAAUCAUCCACCGAAUUUCUCUACUCUUUUCUAUCCGUACUUCUGCCUUCCUAAUCAAUACGCUCGUCCUUAG